UUAGUUCAACUAAUGAUUGCCUCCAGACAGCAGCAGGCCACGCGUCAGUGCACAGCUGACGGCCUACGGACCACCGGGUUGCGGCAGCUACAUGUAGGUCUCUCGAGACGGGGACCACGUAGAUCUACCGGUCGACGAACCCGUCUGUAGUUUGGUUCUGGCGAUAGUUUACGAAUUAUUAUUUAUUACUUCUUCACUCAUUUGCAUGUAUUCUGAGAAAUGCCGUCGAUGGGAGUGCGGCCCUAGACUAGGCUGUGCCUGGCUUCGACGAGUAGCGUAGUGUGGAUGGCAGCGUUCCAUUCCAUUGAAAUACAUGACUGUAUCGGAUAGUUCUGUCACUCGCAGUUGAUCGUCGACACGUGCAGCCGACGACGGAACCUCGCGUCCCACUCCCAGGCUCCCAGCCCGGCGCAGGAUGGAGUAAAUAUCCUACACGGCUGCUGAAUGCCGCUACAAAUCACUUAGUUGCGGACGAUAUCGACCCCAUCGGCGCGGUAGGCGAGUGUCGGGUGUCGCGCACCUGCUUUCCGCCAGUGGAGUGCAGCCCAUUAGUAUUACAGCCUCAAAUACAGGGCACUCUACGGAAAGCUGCGUUUCGGCAGAAGAAGCCGGCGCCAUGUCUGAAGCUAAGAUCAUUGACGAGGAGCAGGAGAAGCGCGACAUUCUCGCCCAUCUCAUCAAGGAUGGGCUACGCGUGGACGUCGGCGCCGAGGAGAAGCUGCAGUACUUCUACCGCAAGCUGCAGCGCACCGAGCAGCAGCUUGCCUCCACCCUGGACAACAUGGAAGAGCUGCGCCGGCAGCAGAAAGAGGAAAUGCAGGCGGUCGAAACGUACGUCUCGCACAUCCGUGAGCUCUCGGAAGAGCGCGAGCAGCUGGUUAACGACUUGGAGACGGAGAACGCGCAGCUGAAAGCCGAGCUUCAGCGCGCCUCCUUGGCGACUAGCACAGCCCUGCAGGAGCAGGCGUCGGUGAUCGGCUGGAAAGAAGUGAAGGCCGCGCUGUCCGAGAGCGAGCUGCGGGAGAUGAAUAUCAGCGCUACCGAUGAACCAAAGCAAGUUGUCCACCAGCUGGCAGCGCAGCGACGAGACCUAGCAGAGAAGUGCAAGACAGUGGAAGCGAAGGUGCUCGUCCUACAAGAGAAGCAGCAGGAGCUGCAGACUCGCCUGACGACGAGCAACCAGCUUCUGGAAGCGGAGAAGAAGUCCCUGGAAGUUCAGCUGCGGUCCGUCCAGGACCAAUCUCAAAACCAAAUCUCACAGGCCACCACAUCGUUCGUGGAAGAACGUAGCAAUCUGCAAGCAGAAGUCAAACAUCUCACCGAGGGUAACAAAGCCUCUUCCAAGAUGAUCACGGGGUUAGAGCAGCGAUCAAGGCAGCUCCAGGGCACCCUGGACGAGAGGAAGAAGCAGCAUGCCGAAGAGCUGAAGCAGGAGAAGCUGAAGGCCGCGGCUGACCUGGCUACUGUGCGUACCACCCAUGACAAGGCAGUGAAGAAGCUCAACGAGGAGAAGGAGCAGAGCAAGUCAACCAUCAGUAACUUACGCGUCAAGGUCCAGGUGCUGGAGAAAGACAAGGCCACGGCUCAGGACCGGGCGUCGACUGCCAACACCAAUCUAUCGGCGGAGCGAGCAAAAUGCCAGCGUCUCCAGGCAGCGCAAACCGACGACAAGACGAAGUGGCAAGAGGAACGGAAGCGACUGCAGAGCAGCACGCAACACGCACAGCAACAACUGGAGUCCUCCAAAAGUUCAAUGUCCAGCCUGGAAGCCGAUUUAUCCAGCGCUCAAGAAGAGUUGGCCUCGGUGAUGAACGAUAAGGAGCAGAUUCGACUGAGGCUGGCUGCCAUCCAGACAGACGCGUCAUCGACACACUCAACUCUUUCUGCACAGGUCGAGGACGUCAGGCGAGCACGCUCUGCAACGGAGAAGCACCUAGAAACCGUGCAAGAGCAGGCUCACCAGCUGGAGAGCGAGGCGAGCGAGCUACGUUCAAAGCUGAUCCGCAUGGAGGCGUCCACGAAACAGGAGAAGCUGACACACGCCAGAGUCGUGGCUGAAAUGAAGAAUCAGGCGACUGAGCUGCAAGAACAGUUGGCCGUUUCCAAGGAGAUGGCGAGCAGUUCAAAAGAUGAACUGCUGGUGCGGUGCGAGGAGAACGACACGAGGUUGCGCACGGCACAGGAAGAGGUCGGCUCACUGGAGGUGCAGUUAGCGGACAAGGAGCAGCUGUGUGCGCACUUGCAGACGGAAGUGACCACGUCGCGCCAGAAGACCAUUGAGAUUAGUGAAACAUUGAACUUGCUGAACAAUGCCAAGAAGAGGCUGGAGGAGGAGUCCGCACAGCAACUAGCCACCGCUCGCCGGGAAAAGGAAUCGCUGGAGCGAAACCUGGACCGCAUCCAGGAGGAACAAAAUAAGACGCUCUCCAAGCUGGAUAAACUGAAAGGGGAGAAUGCAGCCUUGUCAGCGCAGGUAAACCGGCUGACGGAUACCAUCGAGGAGACGCGGGGCCACAUGACGGGAAAGGAGCGCACUAUGGAGCAGCUCUCACAGCAAGUCGCAGAACAACAGUCACGUGCUGAAGAAGCGCUGAGCAAGUGUGAUGAGCUGCGCAGGGAACUCGCCAGCCAACAGAAUGAUAACCGCGGCCACCAAGAGACGGUGGCUAGGCUUCAAGCGCAGUCGUCGCACCUAUCGCAGGAGCUGGAGCGGCAGAAGACGAAAAAUUCCGACUUUGAAAACACUAAUCUGCAUCAGAUGGAGCAGCUCCGGGCGUCGUUUGAGCACGAGAAGGAGUCUCUUCAAGAGGAAACUGAGCGGCUCACGACCCAGCUGCGUCAGGUCACUGCCAGGGAGGAAACCAGUCAGAAGGAGCUCAUGACUGAGCUGGAGCAACUACAAGCAGCAACCGAGGAGAGUAGUUUGCUGGCGAGUCAGAACAGCGUGUUGGAAGAGAAGAUUGCAUCGCUCGAGCAGCAGCUGGCCUUGGCGCAGCGUCAGAUUGGCAGUGCCGACAUGGAGAAGUCCAAGCUCUGGGCACAGAUCAAGGACACACAGGAGCGCAUCCUGCCACUGCAGGCCAAGAACGAGGCAUUGCGUAAUCAGCUGGAUAAGAAAUCCUCGGAGCACCGCCUCACAAGUUCAUACUUGACAAAGUCCACCAAGGACUUGGACAACUUGCAGAACUCAUUCGAGGAGCAGAAGCGAGCUCUGGAAAUUGAGGAAGCCAAGGUCAAUACCUUGCACCAGGAGAUGGCCCGGCUUCAGGGCAAGCUAGAAGCACUGGAACAGGCCACAUUGAACUCCCGCCAGCAAGAAUCGGACUCGCGCAGGAGCCAAGAGGUGAUCGAGGACCUGCGUGGUAGUCUACAGGCCAUACAGACGGAUCGCGUGCUCCAGGAGCAAAGCAUCUCAGAGAUGAAGCGCCGUGUCACCGAGGAGAAGGCAAGGCGCGAGCGCGAGCACGCCGAGAACAAGCGACUGUCACUGGAACUGCAACGCUCCCAGCAGCUGGUCAAAGUGCAACAGCAGAAGUGGCAGCAGGCCAAGACGCAGAAGCGGAAAUCCGAGAGCCAAAGCUUGAGUGCACUGGGGCAGGUGGAAGCGUCCCAAGCCGAGAAGCAUCAGCUUCAGAUGCACAUAGCUAAGCUCAACGACACGGUGGACGAAUUGCAGAGCAGAUGCAGUGAACUGGAGUCCAGCCAUGAGCACACUCGAACGACAGUCAAGGAGAAGUAUCGUACCGUACGCCACGCUUUCCGUACUCAGCUCUCCGAGUCCGAGGACAGGCUAAGCUUGGCGUCUGCGCAGUUGGAGCGCGAGGAAGAAUGGCGCAGGUCACAGGAGGAGAAGCUCCGUCAUCUGCUCCAGGAGAAGAAGGAGCUAAGCGAGCAGUUGGUAAAGGCCACAUCGGCCGGCCGUGACAUGGCCCGGUCUGUUCAUCAGACGGAGAGCAAAGUCAGCGUGCUGGAAAAGGAGAAUGUGGAACUGCGCAAGAGGAUUAUUCACCUCGGCCAGCAGCAGCAGAGCGACACGGAGAGACUGGACCAGAAGCUAGCGUCGUCGAAGACUGAGACCGAUAGACUUCUCCAGCAGUUCACCGCCCUGGCUACAUCAUCACUGCGGUCACCACCGUCAGCCAACAGGAGUGACAGCAACGGCACGCUGGGAUCGCUCGGCAGUCCGCGCUCCAUACAGGACUCGUUCGCAUCAUGACCGAGCACACCCGACCGUAUCAAGACUUUCAGUUGGCCAUUCAGUUCUUGAGUUGUAAAAAUACGAACCAUUGAGCAGGGAGUAGGUAUUUUACUACUCCUUCAUUCAGAGCAAUGAUUCAGCGGACGGAGCACUAUGCAUGUACAGACGUACUAGAAGAAGAUGGAUGAGCACGGAAGCGAACUCAAAGUGAUCGACACAAGCAUUCGGAGAGGACAGUACAAUUGACUCAUGAUGGCUCGUCCUAAAGCAAUGCACGUGCUAAUAGCAAAUUUUACGGAAUGAAGUUCACGGUUGGACUAAAAUGUUGAGACUAUAAAAGUAUUAUUAUUGUAUAGUCGAUGCAGAAAGAAUACAAGUGAAAGAAGAAA